AGGGACCGAUAUUGGCAGACUGGUUUCUUGCAUGAGAACUUCCUACCUCAGCCUCUCGAAUUGUUGGGAUUACAGGCACACAGCUUGAAACUAAUAAUUUCUGACAAGCAAAUGAAAUAAUAAAAGAUCUGGUACUGUAGCCCGCUGCUUUCCUAGCAUAGAUGAAACCUUAAGGUCCUUCCUCAGCACCACAUAAACCAGAUAUGUUAGCACAAGCCUGUGAUCUCGGCACUGGUAAUGGAAAGAUCAGUAGUUGAAGGCCAGCCUGGGCUACAUGAUACCCUGUCUCAAAUCAAAAGAAACAAAGAUACAAGGUCAGGCGAGCCUGCUGAAUUUCUGUGUUAUCCGGACAUUGGGGUAUUGCUGCCAGCUCAUUGGUGGGGUCCUAGUGGAACAAUGCCCCACCAGGUCCGAAGUGGGAAGGCGCUUGCUGGUGGUGUCAGCCCAGCUCAGUCACUGCAGGACUGUCUUGAGACUCUUUGAUGACCUGGCCAUGUUUGUCUACACUAAGCAGUAUGGCCUGGGGACAGAGGAGGAGGACAUCUUCAUCCGAUGCUUGUCUGUCCUGAGUAACACGGCUGACCAACUGUACUAUCCAUGUGAGCAUAUCGCCUGGGCUGCCGAUGCCAAGGUCCUCCAGGUGGACUCUGCUCGGUGGUGGACACUGAGCACAGCCCUCUGGACUCUCUCUCUACUCCUUGGAGCGGUCAAGGCCCUGUGGACAAUGUUGAAGCUAAGACAGAAGCUGCGGAGCCCCACAGGCACCUUUGCAAGCCAGCUGCCCAGGAGCAAGCAGAGGGCCAUGGAGGCAAGGAUAUGCUCAGAGGUUUUAACUCUACUCAGCAACUUGGCUGACCUGGCAAAUGCUGUGCACUGGUUGCCCCGAGGUGUCCUGUGGGCUGGCCGCUUCCCUCCUUGGCUGGUGGGCCUCAUGGGUACCAUCUCCUCCAUCCUCAGCAUGUGUCAAGCUGCCAGGACUGGCAGACAGGCUGAGGCAGACAGCCCUUGAUGAGGUCCUGGACUGGCAGCUGGAGGACACUGGUGUUCAACAGGACUCAGAUUUCUAGAGUGGGAACCACUGGCCAUGGGUGGUGCAUCCAUAAUUGUGUACUCAGGUGCUGGCCCCUCUUUGGGGUGGGAAAGGGGCUGAAAUGAGGUGAUCUCAGGCCCUAGCUAGGGUUUCAGGGGAAGCUGCUCCUUUGGAGAGAGGUGGGCACAUGAGAACCUCAGAACUCCCAGAGCCAAGGCCAGGUUUUUCAAAGUCCUAGGAGGACAUCCCAGGAGGACACUGCUAGAGUGUUCCAUCUGCUGGCUUGCCUUAAUGUGAGUGGGAGAGACAUGUUGUACCUCAGGUCGGGCUUCAGCAAAGCUGGAAUGUCUAUUAAAUUUCUUGAUAUGGUG